AUUGUUCAAGUUCUGCUUUCUUUAUGUCACGAAAAUUUCUCUAAAAGAGUUAUCUCGUUAGAGUACAAUCUUUAAUUAAAUCAACACACUUAUAUAAAUGAAAACAUUCGAGUUUCAUCAAGUAUACAUCUGUCGGCUGUGAUAAGAAGACAUAGCCGUUGUCAUGAUCAAAUUAUUUUUAUAUUUGCUUCCGCUCAUCAUCAGCUGCAAUGCCAUUCAUCCUGGCCCCGUGGUUAAAGCAACAAAAGGCGAAGUGUGGCCAAAACCACAAGUAGAAGAAAAAACCGAUGAGUAUUACAUAGUGCGGCCACAUGGUUUCAAUUUCAAGGGCCCAAACAACAUUGGUUGCCCCAAUUUUCUCAAUGAUGCCUUCACGAGAUACUGGACUAUAAUAGCAACAUCAAGUUCAUUGGAACGCAGAGGUCGUUUGCAUGAGGUGGGGCGAAAACCAAAGACAGAAUUUUGGAAAGACGACAGCAGUUAUAUCGGAGAUUUAAACGGCUUAGAUGUUCAAUUGAGAGAGUGUUCUAGUGAAGAUGUACGUCCAGCGUUUGGGGACAAUGAAAAUUACACACUCAAUAUCACCAAGGAAGGAGCUUCACUUGCGGCUGACACCAUUUGGGGAGUUUUGCGUGGUUUAGAGACCUUCUCUCAGUUGAUUUAUCUAGAGCAAGAUAAUCUCAUUAUAAACUUGACCGAUAUUAGUGAUUUUCCAAGGUUUUCUCACAGAGGUCUUCUGUUAGAUACUUCCAGACAUUUUCUGCCAGUUUACAUAAUUCUUCAAACUCUGGACGCAAUGUCCUAUAAUAAAUUUAACGUCUUUCAUUGGCAUAUCACUGAUGAUCAUAGUUUUCCAUAUAAAAGUCGCACGUUUCCAGAAUUGAGUGAUAAAGGAGCCUUCCAUCCAGUUUCAAAAGUUUACGAACAAAGUGAUGUCAGUAAAGUCAUAGAAUAUGCCCGUUUAAGGGGCAUACGAGUAAUUCCAGAAUUUGAUACUCCUGGCCAUACCAGUUCUUGGGGAGCAGCCCAUCCUGAAUUAUUGACUACUUGCUAUACAAAUGAUAAGCCCGAUGAAGACUUGGGACCAAUGGACCCAACUAAAAACUCCACCUAUGACUUUUUGACCAAAUUAUUUACUGAAGUUGUUGAUGUUUUCCCAGAUUCUUACUUUCAUAUUGGUGGUGAUGAAGUUGACUUUUAUUGCUGGAAACACAAUCCCAAUAUUACAAGCUUUAUGGAAGCCAACAAAAUAUCGACUUACGAAGACUUGGAAAGUUAUUUUAUACAACACGUUGUCGACCUUCUCGAUUCCUUAAAUUCAAAAUAUUUAGUUUGGGAGGAAGUUUUUGUAAAUGGAGUCACUCUUCCCAACAGCACUCUUGUACACGUCUGGAGAGACAAUGGACAUGAAACCUUGAACGAAGUGACUAAAGCUGGAAAGUACGGUAUUUUUUCUAGUUGUUGGUACUUGGACCAUUUAAGUAGUGGAGGCGAUUGGGAAAAAUUCUAUGAAUGUGAAGCACUUGAUUUUCCUGGUACUGAUGAACAAAAGCAAUUGGUUCUGGGAGGAGAAGCAUGUAUGUGGUCAGAAGCUGUGAACGAGUAUAACAUCAUGCCAAGAGUGUGGCCUAGAGCUAGUGCAGUUGCUGAAAAACUUUGGUCUGCGGAAGAUGUUAAUGAUACUGCAGCUGCUAAAGGAAGGCUGGAAGAGCAUACUUGUAGGAUGAAUAAUAGAGGAAUCGCUGCACAGCCCCCCAAUGGACCGGGAGUGUGUCUUUAAAUCUCUUUAUCUAGAUAUGUGCUACAAUUUUCAUUCCUAACUUAAUAAAAAAAUA